ACAGCAGGUGAGCACUGUUAAUCACAAAACAAAUUCUUAGCUUCAUUACAAGCAGCACACAGUAAGUGACCAUCAGGGAAGUCUGAAGUCUUGUAGUUUUUAAGCAGGAGGAGGUUAAACAGCGGUCUAACUCAUGGAUUAUGGGCUGAUCCUCCUUGUGCUCACAGGAACACUGGUCAAUGUUGCCUCUGCCCAAACUCGUCAGUUCUACUUUGAGCGUAUGCCGCUGAACUGGACUGAAGCUCAGAGCUUCUGCAGAGAGGUCUACACUGACCUGGCCACCAUAGAAACCACAAAUGACACCAUUGCCGUAAUCCACACCACACCGAGCUACACAGGCAAGGCUUGGAUAGGCCUCUAUAACUACACCUGGAGAUGGUCCCUGAAUGACAGCAGCUUGUACGGUGAAGGAGAGGCAGCGUUCACAAACUGGUUUCCAGGACAUCCCUAUAAUCUUAAUGGACAACAGAACUGUGUGGUGUUUGUAAACUAUUACUUUUACUAUCGAAAUCGCAAUACUGGAAAGUGGUUUGACGACUAUUGCAGCAACAGCCGACCCUUUGUGUGCUACACCGGUACGGUCAAUGGCACAUCAUCCUAUGUAAAGAUCGACACACCUUUGAAUUGGACCGAAGCUCAGAGAUUCUGCAGGCAGAAUUAUGCUGAUCUAGCGAGUAUACGAAAUCAAGCAGAAAAUGACCUCGUCACAAACCUGACAAUUGGGGAGAAUGUGUGGAUUGGUCUGCACUGGGAGCAACUGUGGUCUGACGGGAGCACCUCUCUGUUUCAAAACUGGGCCAGUGGGUCACCAGUCAGCACAGAGCAGUGUGUCACCACAGAGUUCAGUAACUCAAGACAGUGGUCAGAUGCUAACUGCUCCCUCACUCUCCCAUUCAUCUGUUACACAACAACUCCUCCAAAAACAGAAGACUUCAGAUCUAUUGGACAAGAUGAGACCAGCAUCACUCUGCAGUGGAAUAAAGUGAACAACAGCUUCAGCUUUAUUCUCCAGUUUAACGGUGCAGAGAUCAACAUCCCUGCAGCAAAUGGAGAUGGACCAGUAACUCACACAGUCUCAUCUCUCACUGCUGCAACUAAAUACACGUUCACUCUCUUCUCUGUGUUUGAGAACGUCAGAAGCAGUGGUGUAAACGUUACUGCAGUUACCGCUCCUCCAGAUGCAGAAAACUUCAGAGCAACUGCACAAGAAGGGACCAGCAUCACUCUGCAGUGGAAUAAAGUGAACAACAGCUUCAGCUUUAUUCUCCAGGUUAACGGUGCAGAGAUCGACAUCCCUGCACCAGAUGGACAUGGACCAGUAACUUACACUGUGUCAUCGCUCACUGCUGAAACUACAUACACGUUCACUCUCUUCUCUGUGUUUGAGGAUGUCAGAAGCAGUGGAGUAACCAUAACUGCAGUCACAAAGCCUUAUUAUGUUCUUGCCAUGAACAUAAACUUAGAGGCAUCUACUCUGCUGUCAGACUCGGACUUGCUGAGUUUGUUGGAGGAGGUCUUCAGACGAUUCAGUUUGUCGCCACAGUUGUCCUUCAAAGUGUUGAGACGUGCGAUCAGAACAAGAUGAAAUGCAGGAGAAUAAAUACGCAAUACAAACUCUUUUUAUUCAAGUUAUUUAGACUUCACACUUUGAAAUGGUUUCCUUGAAGCGAAUCAAAAAAACUAAUGAGAGGAAUGACAUUUUAUCACAUUCCCCUGAAAUGUAAUUUGUCCUAAUUAUUCUGUUUUGUAUUUACAUAUACUAGUACUAGUACUCUACUGUUCUGAGGAUAAUUUGCUGUAUGUAUUGUUAUUAUAGCUUAAAGAUUCCUUCCAGAGAUGUUUUAAGACAAAGUAUUCUUUCAAUAAUAGAUAGAAAUAAUAGAUGUGUAAAUUUCUGAUACGUUUUCCCAACAAAUACUGUUCAAUGAAAUUGUUAAAAAUCAGUUCCUUCUCUCACAUGAAUAAAAUCCAGAA